AUGUGGAUCUUCGCCGCAGCGCUGUGGCAAGUCUUGUGGAUCUUCGCAGCAGGUGAUACGUGCGACUGCAGCAAGUCUGGACUUAAAUGCUUCUAUGAUGAUUCCUGCCCUGGACUUGGGUGUGGAGCUGAAGGAAAGGAUAAAUGCAGAUUCUGUGGUUCGGGCGAGUUCAAAGACUGUCCAGAUCAUGCUCCGAAGACCUUGGAGACGAAAGAUCCGGAAGGGUCAAAGGAAAAGGCCAGCAAGCCUGCGGCGACCGACCGGCACUCCUCGGUCAUUCCGAGCGUGCUCUUAGGAGGCCAUGAGGUGAAGACUGUGAAGACCUCUCAUGCCGGCCAGAGCGCGAAGUGCCCAUGCGAGUCCUCAAAAACACAGCGGUGUUUCUAUGAUGCUUCCUGUCCUGGGCUUGGGUGUGGCGCGCUUGGCCAUGACCAUUGCCGAUUUUGCGGCGGGAAGGACUUCCAUCCUUGUCCAUCGAAGCAUGAAAUGGAGCUUCUCGCAAAGCCGAAGGCCAAGGAGGCGGUGAAACCCGCGGCAGCCCCGGCAGCCCCAGCAGCCCCGGCCAAGCCGAUGGCGCUCCAUGUUUCACCUAUGCUUGACGAGCCCAUGUCUUUCGACGUUUACCGAUGUAUGGCAGCUGCUGCAGUUGACACCCAUCCGAUGGAGGAUGAUGACAUUGCCGACCUGGCCGGUGCGAUCAAGUAUGUGCACACGGAGAUCUUGACCGAGCAUCUGCAGAGUCCGAUCAGAACAAGUCGAAAGUAUCAUGUGGAUGCGAUCACAGCCCACCGGUUCAGGAUCAAAAACCCGAGCACCAUUCUGCACAGGUCAGAUGCUUUACAGGGUGAAUUUGGUGCAUUCGUGACCUACGACUGGGGCAAGGCAACAAAUCCAGCUCAGCUGCCAAUGAUCGCAGACAAGGGCAACUUCGUCGGCAUCGCACCUUGUACAAACUUGCACUGCGACGUGCGUUUCCCACGAGACAUGCCGUACGCCUGGAUGUCGCUCGGCAACUGGUGUCCGAACCUGACCUGGGACAAGAAAGGCUCCAAGAGCGACCCCAAUCCGCAUUGCUUGAAAUUGGCCACGGAUAACACUGUCAUCCAAGGUGGUCUUUGCGCAGAUGGCUUCACGGCGGACAGCACAAGUCCAGGCUCCGAUCCGACGGGGGAGCAAAACUGCGUGUACACGUAUGGAAAAGCAAAAGUAGUCAAAUGGGACGACCUCGUCGGCAUUACCCAGGAGGACUGCGGCAAGCACAAGUGCAAAGACUGGCUCGAUUUCCGAAUGAACUGCACAAACAGCCAAUACAAAAGGCAGUUUGCCCUGGAUGGCAGUAUCAAGAAAGUGGACUACUGCGUCGAGUUUGACAUCCAUCCUGCCUGCGAAGCAAAUUGCGAGGUUGGUCACUGCCAGGACUUCUUGGCGAGUGGAAAAGAAGCAUAUCUCGGAUUGGCAUUCUGGCGCGGUCGCUGCGAUCCGCGAGCAAACGAGCGACGCAUUGAGAUGGUUGCAUACUCUCUGGGCGUGCCUGGCGCUUUGAAGAGCCACGACCUCGUCGACGCCGAAGUCCUCGAGAGGCCCUGCCCGCUCUCGAAAGGGACCAGCUGGUCAUGCCAACCAUUGGAUGGCCACGGUCCAUAUUGCACACGGAGCUACAAUGGAGCCUGCGACCGAUGCUUUAUUCCAGGUGUUGUGGACGGAGUGGCACCAAAGCCUUGGUGUCCGCUGGAUAUCCUAAGCUCUCCCACCUACGCAGACAUGCCGAAGCCUCGCUGCAAGAGCGGCUCUGCAUCCGACGGCUGCUGUUUGUACACCAACACCUGCGACGGGACAUCGGAUCCUUCCAGCGCAGACCUCACAGAUGAUGGCAUGGCUUUGGUGGCUUCACGGAGGAGCACGGUCGACAUGGAGCAAUUCCUGCGGCGUGCAGCGUCCCAGGACCACCGCUUUGCGGCUCUGGGCCUGGCGGGGCUCAACAUGAAGCGGGCGGCCUAUUUCGCUUGGAGUUCGGCCCCUGUGGACCGAAGCUUGCAUGAGGCUCUGGAAGAACUGAAGAUGUUUUUGUCGUCGGAGACGCCAGUGAUUACCCAGUAUGCGACAACCACGACAACCACAGCGAUCAAAAUACCAGUCGCCGGGCCCCACGCGACAACGCCGUCUUCACUCAAGUGUGCAGAAAGCGAUGUUUCCUUCAUGCCUCUGGACAUGCCUGAAGUUCCAAUGAUAUUGACGACCAUCGGAGAUUGCAGGAAGAGAUGUUCUGAGCAACAGGGCUGCUUUCACUUCUCCUUCUUGGUUGCUCCAGGCUUGGAACAGGGCAGCUGCCACUUGGCCGGCUUUUCCGCGCUCGCACAGGCCUUCAGCCCAUCGUGGAUUUCAGGACCCCCAGAAUGCUGGGCUGAUAUGGAGGAGAAAAGCCUAUUGAUUGACAAGGGCCACAACACUUACGUACCGGUCGACUUUGCCUGCAUGUCCUGGGGGAGAUCCUUCUCAGAAACAGUUGGCGCCUUGACCACUUUGGCCGCCAAGGACUUUCCGAAGGAGCAAGAUGCUGUGCUGGAAUGCCAAAAACUCUGCCGUGAGAACGAGAACUGCGAGCACUUUACAGUGACCUUCCCUCUCAGAACUUGUGCCCUUGCCGGUGCUGGAGCCGUGGUCAUGGAUGGCAUUGCAGGAGCAAUAUCCGGACCACCAAAGUGCGGCGAGAAAGCCAUGCAGUCCUUUUACUGGGAGGUUCUCCCUGCUUAUGCUCAGCUACCAUGGAGAUGGAGGUUGCCGUUUGGUGCGAAUGUGAUGUUGGGUGGUGGUCUGCUUGCGGCUGGUGUGGCAUUCUUUGCAUUCCGUCGUCGACAGCCUCAACGUACGGUGCGUGGUAUUGAGAGAGCCUUGGUGCCGGAGGAGGAGGCCGAAUGGUCGCCGUUAGAGGAAGAGGAAAUCAUUUGUAGUCGCUGCUCGUUGCAGAGUGCCAAAAUGGCACAAGCGGGUGAAGAUGAAAGCAAGCUGCACCAUCAAAAGAUGGAAGAGCUCAGCAAGUUUCCACAGUACCUUCCGGCGGAAGUCCGAGACGGGUUUCUUGAGGACACCACGGCCCGGCAGGGUUUUGUUCUCCGGCUCCUGUCUUGCGAUCCAGCGCCUCCGGACUCUACAGAGGUUCUUUUCGGCUUGAAGUGUUUGAAGAUCUUGGAGGAACUGCAGGCACCGACUGCACUCGACUUCAAGCUCGCAGUGCUCCGUGCGCUUUGGAAGCUGAUCAUCGCAGGCUCAACAUCACGGCCUGGACGCCCGUUGUACGGAUAUUCUGCCAGCGCCAAGAUCCUCGAGAGCUUCAGGACUUGGUUGCACUUCACAGAUGCAGAGCACGUCCUGCCAAUUUGGCGGGACGAGGUUUCGAAUCAAGAGGAGAUUGCUCAGGUAGAUGCUCUUCGGAGAGAAGUGGAUGUGCGUGUACCUCUUCGCUUGAUUUUUGAGGAAGUCCGCAAAAGCCCACGGACCGACUGUUCCGCAAGCAACUCAAAGCGCAGGAACUACGUACUGCAACUUGUGAACGUUUGUUCAACAUUCGCCAACUUCCAUGGUUGCAUUCCAGUUGAAGAUGCAGUCGAACUAACGGCUGAACUGGCCAAGGAAGUUGAUAGUUUGCACGUGUACUCUCUCGUCUACGCCAAGAUGCUGGUCUUCACCACACCAAGGGCUAUGACACCGCAAAUAAUCUUGGAUGGCAGAUUGUGGUCCUGGUGGUCAAGGCUGCCAGAGGGCUUAAUUCCAAAGUUUGACCUCAUGUGGUUCCACUCGCUGGGCAGAUAUGCGGAGCUCCACUGGGCAAACAAGGUUGAGGAUGCCUUGAGCCAAACGGGCUCCGCGGGCAGGGCUGCCGAGUGUUUCAGCAAGCUUCAAGAGCAGCUCCCGUAUCUCAUGAACAAGAUUGCUCGUACACUUUGCAUUCCCUUCGGAUCUCCGGCUGCCAAGGCCGUCGAUGGAAAUAAAGGGGAGAGGGCUCCAGAUCUGGACCGUUACCCAAUUCCGGAAGAGGUUGAUGCUGUUUUCAUGGGCAGCCAGACUGCCUGGAGGGAGGUCGCCAUCUUUCUGGUAUACCUGCUGGAACCAGCUCCCCCAGCGCAACCUUCCUCAUCGAACAUAUGGACGCUUCUGACAUUGCUCCUGCGUCGCAUGCGGCCAUUCAUCACACCCGCAACUUCGCAGGGAGAGUGGCUAUGGCACUGCACAACACUUAUGCACAACCUAACGUCGCAGUAUUUCAAGCGGAUCAGUCGAGAGCGUUUGCUGGCCACGACUGCCCCAAAGGCUCAGCAUCUGACAGCAGCAGCCGACCAAGCCUUCCUGAAGCUACUGCUACCUUUGGUGCGUGACCUGUUGACCGUGCGAUCAGCACAUGAGGUCGUAACUUCGCUGGACAAUCUGUCGAGGCUGACCAAAAUUUCCGCAAUGCAGCCAGGUUUGGUUGCAUUUGAUCCGUCCUCUUCCAUUGACCCCUUUCGUGUCGACUUCCAGUCGAUGGUCGUGCAGGCUACUGAGGUGCUGAAUGAUCCGUCAAUGUCUGGGAGACAUGCUACGCUUCUGCGGGUCUUCGUCUCCAUCAUGCCAGCUCUGACCUGCCAAAUGCCGGCUGUGGUUGGAGAGCUGCUCCCUUUGACCUUGCUGGGGAUCGACCCCACUGAUGUGUCAAAGACAAUGUGUGCCUUGAGGCUAUUGACGUCAGUAUUUUCGCAGAUGCCGUGCUUAGACAUGAAUGACUGGGAGCUCAGAGACAAACCCACGGGCAGCGCUUUCCGCCACAUCCAGUGGCCACUUCCAGCAGAUGCCCAAAUGGAGAGUGGGGACCCUGACUACAGUGCGACCGGCAUUGUUUCGUCCAUGCUGCCUGCCUUUGCAGUCGAAUUUGUUCAGCGUGCCUGCGACUAUGUCACAAGAAUUCCAAAGCCACGAGGUGCCAAACAAGGCAAGAUUUCAAUGGAGGGUACUUGCACAGGCCUGCUGCAUGGAGCUCUUUGCCUCGUCGCCACCCAGACGGACAAAGAAACGUACAAGCAGAUGGUGGAAGAGGUGUCCCAGUUUGUCAGCACCAACCUACUACCAGAUCAAGUGAAACCUGCUGGCCAGGUCUUAUUUGCGAUUGCGCGUGCAUCUCCGGAGAUCUCGCUGUCCAUGAUGCUGCCGAUGUUCUUCAAGAAGAUUCUUGCGAGUCGAUCAACAGCAGUACCACUUCAUGAAAUAGGGGUCUCAGAGAGUGAAGCCAAAUGGUUCUUGUCACUUCUCAGCGCCUUGGUACGGUCAGGUGGGUCAUGCUUGCUUGCGCACAAGACGCAGCUGGAGCUUGUGAUCAGAUCUGCACUGUUGGAUGAGCGAGAGGCGGUGACGAAGCUUGGCAUGAAGCUUCUCCGCCGCGUCCUGUAUGCGAUCACGGCCAUCUAUGUAGAGACGGACUACAGGCUUUGUGACUCCAGUGUGUGGCAGGGGUUGAUGGGCUGUCGACGCGGCAGCAGCGCACCAGGCGGAGCAGCUCUUUCAUGCUUGCUAUGGUCGGGAGUCAAAGGGCCCUGGUGGUUGCAGGAGGCCUCUCCAAGCGCCCUAGCAUCCGUCAGCUGGCAUGUGCCCUCCCAGGAGGAAGUGGCAUGGGCACGAAGCUUGGUCUUCGGGGCCCUCGACCAAGCUGGCAAACUCCUUAGCUCCAUCAUCGAGGUUCCAAGUUUAAGUGGAGGAGGCUUUCCAGAGGGUCCCAGCUGGCUCGAUGGGUUGGCCACUAGCUUGCCACCGAAGAAGAAGUUCGCGUAUGGUAUUAUUCUCGCAACCCGCCUUGUCAAUCAGGUUUUGAGGGGCACAUCUGACCUGUGGCCAGACGAGCGCAGCAGCGAUGAACUUGAGGCAAGGCAGCUGCCGAAGAACCUCAAGGUGGCUGGCAAUACUGCGGAGACUAUCUAUGGGUGGCUCUUCCCGGUUGUCUUGUCUGCAUUCAACGAACUGGCCGUUCAAGAACAGUACGGUGUUGCUCAAGCCGGUAAGUUGGACCAGAUUGACGUUUCGAGGGUGAUGCGGAAACUUCUCAAGUGCGUGGCCGAGCUGAGCAGUGCGUGGAGAGACGUCCACCCAAGCAGCCUGCGACUCUUCCCGAGCCUGCGCCAUGUCGACAAGGAAGCUCAGGCCCUUGCCUGGCAUUCCACAUCCAUGGAUCAGCUUCACCCUCACUCGAGAUGGCGCGAUCUUCCCCGGGUGUGGUGGGUGGAGCGCAUCGCUGAAACCAUGGAAGGUCGUGUCCACGAGCGCCGAUCCGGUUUCCGCUAUUGCGGACAGCGCCGCAAGUUGGUAGAAGCAGUGGCGAGACAGAUUUUUACGAGUGGCUUUGAACAAGUCCGUGCUAGAGCACUUGAGAUUGUCACCAUGUCAAUCCAGCAUCAUCAGGGCGGCCGAUGGCCUCUGGUUCGUGAUAUUCUGCUGCCUGCAUUGGCGAAGGAGACUCAGGCAGCAGCCCAGUGCUCUUCCCUGACGGGUGAUGGUGCAGACAAGGAGCAGCAGCGUCUGAACGAUUCCUUGUGUGGUCUUGCGUCAGCACUCGGCGGGCGAAUCAAUGGCCUCAUAGGUGCUGUCUGGCGGCGUGGCAUUGAUGAUGCUGCGACGGUCGGGCUUGGACUUUGUGAAGCCAUCUAUGCGGCAACGCAGUUGAAUGCUCAGUCCGGAAGCGCUUCCCCGCCAAGCGACGCCAAAGAGCAGAAGUGCGAAGUCAAGCCCAACACUGUGGCAAAACUGAUCUCGGCUAUGAGGCACUGGCUCGAUUGCCGUGAGGUUCAGUGCUGGGCGGAGACACGUCAGCGCUCCGACACACCAUUACUGCAAGACGAGACUGUUGAUGAAUCUGAGCCGGCAGCUUCCAAGCUCGCUCGUGGAAUGAAGGCAGUUCGAACAGUUGCAAAAGCUUUGCAGAUGUGCGAACGUGGAGAUUGCCACUGGAGAGCACAGAUCAUGGCGUCAACGAUGAGCCUUGCUUUGCUGAAUUCAUUCGGCAGCCUGGGCCUUCCGCCAGGCUCGAACGUGGAGGAGACCGCCGAAGUGAAGAUGGUUUGGUCACAGUGGGGGCGUUGGCUCGUGAAGUGCAUGGACCCGAAAGGCCAGCCUGGGCUGCAUGCACUGGCUGUGCACGGCCUGCAGCUCAUGCUGAAAGUAUCUCCCCUCAGCCAGUCGGAGUUCGCACAACUGAGAGUGCAGGAUGCGGCCUUUUAUAACAAUCUCUUGAAGGUGUUGCCACCAUUGAACCAUGAGGAAUUGAUGGUAACGGCAGAUGACCAGGUGGGGCAGAAGAGUGAGCCCACGAGGGGACCGGUGAAUGUGAUGGUUCAUCAUGGUUAUUUUGAUGUUUGGCCCAGAAUUUGGCUGCGAAGAUCAUCACAUGCUUUCUCGCUUCAAAAUGCUUUGUUCUGGCAGAGCUAUGCAAAAAAGCUCACGGCUCUGUUGAGCCGUCAAGAACUGGUGGAGCUGCUCCAAAAAGGAGCUGAGGAGCUGGCAUCUCAGCCCGUUGCUGAAGCCGAGUACCAUGCUGCUUUCGCUGAGUUUUCGGCAGGAGUGCUGCGAGCUGUGCGCAAGCCGGAGAUGCUAGAGCUCCAGAAAAAUCUGUGGAACCAGCUGCGGCCACUGUUUCUGUCCGCUCUGCAGCAGUCUUCAGAAGAACGUCUUGGGACGUGGUGCGACGCAGUUCGCUACAUUGCGACUGGCUACUCCCGGCCAGAUCUCUCCCGUAUGUUUGCAUCAAAAUCACUCGUGGAGCCACAAGGGGCCUUGCAGUACUUGACCCCUCUGUUCAACUUCGUUGUGGGGGGCGAAGGCGAGCUAUCAUUCGACACGUUAAGCUGCACGCUCCCUCCCAUCCGGUUUGAGUACGAUGAGAAGCUGUCCGACGGUGACAAAGGCUCCUCCUUCGACUCCUUUAAGCGCUUGCGGCUCUUGAUGUCUCUGCUAAUCGAGCCCUCUGCCACCAAGAUCUUGGCGCAGAACGAGAGCUUUUGCAGGAAGCUGGUGGAGACAUUGGAGCAGGGAUUAGGUCACCCGUACAAGCAGCUCCGUGAAGAGGUGGCUCGGGGCCUCUUCUUCAUCGUCCAGGCGGCCAGCCACCAAAAGUCCGACUCCGACUCAACGCCGGAGACCGGACUGAAGUUGGUGUCUGCGCACUUGGAGACCUGGUUUUGCGCAGAAGCACAAAGACUUACACCUUUGCUUCAGGCUGAUAAUGCAGCACACACAAGCGAGGGAGAUGAGGCCGUGAGACCGAAACAUGUCGUCGAGAGCUCGGGCCUAGUUUACGUGCUGCUGCAUGCAUCGUUGGCAAGAUUUACUUCGACUCGCCUUCGCGAGUCAGCCUCGGAACUGCUGGGAUUUCUAGUGGCAGCAGCUGCACAUGGGGACCUCGAGCUUCGAGCGAUUGCCCCACACGCCCUUUCUUUGUGCUGCGCUGCGCACCCAGUCGCGCCCAGUCCUAAUCACGACAAGCACUGGACAAAACUGACAAUGGUGAAAGCAUUGAAAUCCCUUGUCAUCGAUGGCAUUCCGGAGAAGGAGUUGGAGAAAGCCUUGGCAGCAGGCCUGAAGCCAGCUGUAAUGGCAAACUUCUUUGUGCUUCUUACUGGUGGUCCUGAAGCACGCUCUCUGUACUCCGAGCUGCGCUCAGCUGCAGAGCGGUCUCUGGGCAACAGUAAGCCUGAAAUUCGAACAGCGUCGCGCGGUGCCGUUGCAAGCUUCUUGACUGUGGAAGCAGAGCCGGAGAUUCGUUCGCGCCUCAAAUCGCUCAAAUCCAUGGCAGGAGCUCCCGGCAAGCGUGACGAGACUAAACCAGAAAAUGGCGACUUCUGCUCAGUCGUUAGCACGAUGGCCUGCAUGCUUUUGGCAGCUGCAGAUUGCGGCGUGCCACAGUGGUCUGGCCUCGCAAUUCAGACCGUGGCGCCGUAUGGAAAGCCAGGCAUACAGGAGGCAGCUCGCAAGGAGGUGCAAUCUGCCAUCCAGGCAUUUCUGAAACUGCAGCAAUCAAGCCAACAGACAUGGAAGGAGUGCCAAGACAAGCUGACAUCUUCGCAGCUCGAGCUGCUGAAUGACAACAAGGGCAAACUGUCCUACUUUUCAUAG